UUCUUCUUCUUCUUUUUUUUUUUUUUUUGCUGCUGACGACAAAAUCCCAAAAUUUGGCAUUUCUCCACAUUUCUCUCUUUGUGCACCACCAUCUAACUCUUCAUCUCCUCCGGUGUUCCUAGGGCUUCCGCUUCGCUCUUCUCCGUCCUUACCGGAUUAUCUCUUCGUCAUCCGCUCAUUCUCCCUGCAGUGCACAACAGUGGCUUUGCUGAUUGAAUUCGCUUUCUCAUUGUUCAAUUUGGAUGGCAUUAGGGGACUUGAUGGUCUCCAGGCUCUCUCAAUCUUCCGUUACUGUUGUCACCAAUCACCUCUACGACGACGACGACAACUGCGCCUCCUCCGCUCACGAUGAUUCCCGUGUGUCCAUCAUCGCCUCUCCCAGAGUCGCAAGUAGCAGCUAUGAGAACCUCUCCGCCGCCACAAGCAUGGCAUACUUGCCUCAGACUCUUGUGCUCUGUGACCUUAGACACGACGACGCAUCCGACAUCGUCCAACCCCCAAGAUGGCGCCUUAAAGAGCGAAUGAAAACAGGAUGUGUUGCUCUAGUUAUGUGUUUGCACAUUACUGUUGAUCCCCCUGAUGUUAUUAAGAUUUCUCCCUGCGCAAGACUCGAAUGCUGGAUAGAUCCUUUUUCUAUGUUUCCCCCAAGAAGAGCUCUUGAGGCUAUUGGCCAAAACUUGAGCAUUCAGUACGAGAGAUGGCUGGCUCGGGCUCGAUAUAAAGUCGAAUUGGAUCCUACAAAGGACGAUGUCAGGAAGCUCUGCUUGUCUUGCCGGAAAUAUGCAAAGACUGAGAGAGUUUUGUUUCACUAUAACGGGCAUGGUGUCCCUAAACCUACACCUAAUGGUGAAAUCUGGGUUUACAAUAAGAAUUUUACGCAGUACAUUCCCUUGCCAGUCAGCGAGCUUGAUUCCUGGUUGAAAACACCCACCAUUUACGUUUUUGACUGCUCUGCUGCUAGGGUGAUCCUCAAUGCCUUCGCCGAGCUUCACGAGGGGGAAUCUUCUGGACCCCCGAAGGACUGUAUUCUACUGGCUGCUUGUGAUGUACAUGAGACACUUCCUCAGAGUGUUGAAUUUCCAGCUGACGUUUUUACUUCUUGCCUCACAACACCUAUUAAUAUCGCAUUGAAAUGGUUCUGCAGACGUUCUCUUCUGAAAGAAUUUAUAGAUGAAUCACUUAUUGAUAGAAUUCCCGGUCGCCAAAAUGACCGUAAAACAUUGUUAGGAGAGUUGAACUGGAUCUUCACUGCAGUCACAGACACCAUUGCCUGGAAUGUGCUUCCACGCGAACUUUUCCAGAGAUUAUUCAGACAGGACUUGUUGGUUGCUAGCCUUUUCCGAAAUUUCUUACUAGCUGAGAGGAUAAUGCGGUCCGGAAAUUGUACCCCAAUAUCACAUCCUAUGCUACCUCCUACGCAUCAGCAUCAUAUGUGGGAUGCAUGGGACAUGGCUGCUGAAAUCUGCCUUUCUCAGCUUCCUCAAUUUUUUCUGGACCCAAAUACGGAGUUUCAGCCAAGUUCAUUUUUCACUGAGCAACUGACAGCUUUUGAGGUCUGGCUGGAUCAUGGAUCUGAGCAUAAGAAGCCACCAGAGCAGUUACCUAUUGUUCUUCAGGUCUUACUUAGCCAGUGCCAUCGGUAUCGUGCUCUGGUGCUUCUUGGAAGAUUUCUUGAUAUGGGUCCUUGGGCUGUCGAUUUGGCCUUAUCUGUUGGAAUAUAUCCUUGCGUAGUGAAGCUGCUGCAAACAACAACUAUUGAGCUACGGCAGAUUCUUGUUUUCAUAUGGACAAAGAUCCUAGCACUUGAUAAGUCCUGUCAAGUUGAUCUUGUGAAGGACCGGGGCCACAUAUAUUUCAUUCGAUUUUUAGAUAGUUCUGAUGCAUUCCCAGAACAACGUGCUAUGGCUGCGUUUAUUUUGGCUGUUAUUGUCGAUGGCUACAAACGAGGCCAAGAAUCAUGUCUUGAAGCUAAUUUAAUUGCUGUUUGUCUGGGGCACCUCGAAGCAACCCAACUAUGUGAUCCACCGCCAGAACCAUUGUUUCUACAAUGGCUUUGUCUUUGUCUUGGAAAGUUGUGGGAGGACUAUUUGGAGGCCCAGAUAAUGGGUAGGGAGGCAAAUGCUUCUGAGAAGUUGAUACCUCUGCUUUCCGAGGCCCAACCAGAGGUCAGGGCUGCUGCUGUUUUUGCCUUGGGUACCUUACUUGAUGUUGGGUUUGACUCUGGUAAAGGUGUUUGUGAUGAAGAAUUUGAUGAUGAUGAAAAUAUAGUUGAAGAUAUUAUCAUAAAAAGUCUCUUAGAUGUAGUUUCAGAUGGGAGCCCGCUUGUCCGAACAGAGGUUGCUGUAGCUCUCGCACGGUUUGCUUUUGGACACAAACAACAUCUAAAGUCAGUUGCAGAUUCAUACUGGAAGCCCCAAAAUUCUCUGCGAACUUCUCUCCCUUCAAUGGCCAAGUUUCAUGACUCUGGGACUUCAAUAGUUGCUUCUUCAGACAUGGGUUCUCUGACUAGAGCUAGCCCUGAUAGCCAACCAGUGGCUCGUGAAGGAAGGAUCUCAAGCAGCCUCCAAGAACCUUUUUCCGGGCUAAUGCAAGGAUCUCCAUUAGCUGAUGACUCCUCCUUGCAUUCUGAUGUUGGAAUCAUCCAUGAUGGUGUCAGCAAUGGAGUUGUCCAUCAGCCAAGACCGCUGGAUAAUGCUAUCUAUUCGCAGAGUGUUCUAGCUAUGUUUACCUUAGCUAAAGAUCCAUCUCCACGUAUUGCAAGCCUUGGGCGGCGUGUGCUUUCUGUUAUUGGGAUUGAACAAAUUGUUGCGAAACCCUCCAAGUCCAAUGGCCGACCAGGUGAAGCAGCAUCAGCAUCUCACACUCCUCUGGCUGGCCUAGUUCGCUCAUCCUCUUGGUUUGACAUGCAUACAGGCCACCUACCGUUAACAUUUAGGACUCCUCCGGUAAGCCCUCCGCAAACAAGCUAUUUAACUGGACUGAGGAGAGUUUGUUCGCUAGAGCUCCGACCUCAUCUGCUGGGUUCUCCCGACUCUGGAUUGGCUGAUCCGAUUUUAGGUGUAAGCGGGUCUGAACGGAGUUUGCUUCCACAAUCAACUAUCUACAACUGGAGCUGUGGUCACUUUUCCAAACCUCUUCUUGGCGGAGCAGAUGCUAAUGAAGAGAUAGCAGCCCAAAGAGAAGAAAAAAAAAAGUUUUCGCUGGAGCAUAUUGCAAAAUGCCAGCAUUCAUCAAUAAGCGGGCUCAGCAAUAUUCCGAUUGCUAAUUGGGAUACAAAGUUUGAAACGGGAACAAAGACGGCCCUCCUUCACCCUUUUUCUCCUAUUGUAGUUGCUGCCGAUGAGAAUGAACGGAUUAGGGUGUGGAAUUACGAGGAAGCAACUCUUCUUAAUGGCUUUGACAAUAACGAUUUUCCUGACAAAGGAAUUUCAAAUCUCUGCCUUGUCAAUGAACUUGAUGACUCUCUGCUACUUGUUGCCUCUUGCGAUGGAUCAGUCCGUAUAUGGAAAGACUACGCAACAAAGGGUAGACAAAAACUUGUCACAGGGUUUUCGUCAAUCCAAGGUCAGAAGCCUGGUGCAAGUGGCCUGAACGCUGUCGUGGACUGGCAACAACAGUCAGGUUACCUGUAUGUUUCUGGGGAAUCGUUAUCAAUCAUGGUUUGGGACCUGGAUAAAGAACAGCUCGUCAAAUCUAUGCCCUUUGAAUCCGGGUGCAGCGUCACAGCCCUUUCGGCUUCUCAAGUGCAUGGGAGUCAACUUGCUGCUGGUUUUGCGGAUGGAUCUGUAAGACUCUACGACGUUCGCACACCUGACUUGUAAGUUACCUUAGAGAGCUUGUUUAAUUCUCUCACCUUUGGAUUUUAAACAUAGUAACAAAGAUUAUUAGUUCAAGAGUAGAAGAAAUCUCACUUCUCCAAUGUAUAGUCUUGUGUGCGCCACUCGGCCUCAUCAGCGAGUAGAAAAAGUAGUUGGACUCAGCUUUCAGCCUGGACUCGAUCCAGCAAAGAUUGUGAGCGCAUCACAAGCAGGUGACAUUCAGUUUCUGGAUCUGAGAAGACCAAAGGAGACAUACCUGACUAUAGACGCGCAUAGAGGAUCACUGACAGCAUUGGGUGUUCAUAGACAUGCUCCAAUCAUAGCGAGCGGGUCAGCAAAACAGCUAAUAAAAGUGUUCAGCCUUAAAGGAGAGCAACUUGGGAUCAUAAAGUACCACACUUCCUUCAUGGGCCAACAGAUUGGCCCAGUCAGUUGCCUCGCCUUUCACCCUUACCAGAUGUUGUUAGCCGCAGGGGCUGCUGGCUCCUUCGUCUCCUUAUACACCCACCACAACACACAAUUACCAAGAUAGAUCAUGACAACUAGUAAGUUAAUCAAAUGCAAAGUGAAUAUGGAGUUGGGGUAAAAUUAGGUGUUAUUUAUAGAAUUGAUUAACUAGCCUCCGAUGAGAAGAUCCAAGCAAAACUAAUUGAGGAGGCUUUGCCAAAUAGAAUUUACGCAUGUAAAUGCUUUGUAAAUAGUAGUCAUUCUGUGUCAACUUCAACUAUUUAUUCCUUAUCAAAUAUAUUAUGUUUCCAAAGAUUUUUGCCUCACUUUGAAAGUCUUAUUAGUUAUCUUUGUCAAUUUCUAAUAGAAUUUGAAUGUCUUUUGGAAGUAUUAUAUCCUAAUUACAACAUAGUUAUUUGCUACUCCUAACGCCCCCAUCUGUGUUCCGGAAAACGUUAAGAUCUUCAAACAAUUUGUAUGGAGGAACAUAUGGCCUCUACGGCUGCCUGUCCACUGUAGCCGCAGUAGCAGCACCGGAUGUGCCCGUGGCUCUAGCAGGAAAUGAGUUUGAGACUUGCAAGUUUCUCUCAAAGACCAUAUUCUCAUUGCCUCCUUGGCUCCAGAAUGUUGUGUCAUUACUGUUUACUUGGCCACCGCUCCAUUGUGGCUGAGGAUAACCGUAUGAAUACGGUUGUUGCUGCUGCAGAGGCCAUGGCUGAAACUGAGGUCCUGAUGGAGCAAACUGAGUCAUUUUUGGGACUUGUGGUUCUUCUUGGGACUGUGCCCAGGGGACAACGUAGCUGUUCAUAAGAAUAUUAUCAUCAGCAAAAAACGAUGGGUGCUGCGUCUGCGGUUGCGUUUGUGGGGAGGGCAGAGCAGUUGUUGACAGAGUUAGGCUGAGAAGUUCAAUAAUAUCCUGCUCUGACUUGGUGGUUGUUGUUGUUGUUGU